UCGCCGCCCCCGCCGCCCCCGCCGCCGCCAUGGGCUUCCUGCACCAGCUGCAUCUCCUGCUCUGGAAGAACGUGACGCUGAAGCGGCGCAGCCCGUGGGUGUUGGCGUUCGAGAUCUUCAUCCCCUUGGUCCUCUUCUUCAUCCUCCUUGGGCUGCGGCAGAAGAAACCCACCAUCUCCGUGAAGGAAGUCUCGUUCUACACGGCGGCCCCCCUGACCUCGGCGGGCAUCCUGCCCGUGAUGCAGUCCCUGUGCCCCGACGGUCAGAGAGACGAGUUCGGCUUUCUCCAGUACUCCAACUCCACAGUGACCCAGCUGCUGGAACGGCUCACCGAGGUGGUGGGCGAAAGCGACCUGUUCGGCCCGGCCCGGCCCAGCCUGGAGGAGGAGCUGGAGUCCCUGCGGCGCCGUCUGGAGUCCCUCAGCGGCAACGCCAGCUCCGGCUCCGGGGACAACCGCUUCCACCGGACAGGCUCCGACUUCACCCUGGGCAGCGUGGCCAGGGACCGGCAGGCCUUUCGGCACUUCCUCACGCAGAACCUGUCCCUGACCAACGAGACGGCCGAGGUCCUGCUGGGGGCCGGCGUCAACCUCCAUGAGGUAUACCGCCGGCUCCUCAUCCCCUCCCCGCCGGCGGCAGACGAGGCUCCGGAGAGCGCGCCCUGGGCCCAGCGAGGGAGCCACGGGAAGGUCAUGCGGCCGGAGGCCCUGGGCCUGGCCAAUCCAGCUGCCAGCCUCCCCGAGGCCUUCAGCCCCCAGGCCCGGAUCGCGGAGCUGGAGGAUGAGCUGCUGGUGCCCGCCGUGCUGGAGGGGCUGACCUGUGCCGGGACCCCCGAGGAGCUGAGCCGUGUCCUGACGGUGCCCGCGGCCCAGCAGCCCCGGCUGGGGGAGUACCAGACCGCUCUCUGCGCCGGGGACGCCCGGGCCCGGACCCAGCGCUUCAACCACCUGGCGGCCGGACUCCGGGACCACCUGGACACCCGCAGGAUCGGCAGCCAGCUGCCCCUGACCCGCGCCCAGCAGAACAGCAGCGCGUCCGGCCGGGCCCGGCUGCAGGGGCUUCUGGCGGACCUGAAGGGAGUGGAGAAGGCGCUGCGGGACGUGGACAUCCUCUCGGCACUGGCCCGCCUGCUGCCCCAGGGGGCCUGCUCCGGCCGUACCGCCCCCGCGGCUUCCAACGGGACCGGCGUGGCCUGCAACGGCACGGCCAACGCCACCGCCGAGGCCGGGGAGAGCGAGGCGGGCGCAGCCAGUCUCCCCGAGCAGUACUCUGCCUUCGUCCAGCUCUGGGCCGGCCUGCAGCCCAUUCUCUGCGGAAACAACAGGACGAUCGAGCCCGAAGCGCUGAGACAGGCGAACAUGAGCUCGCUGGGCUUCACCAGCAAGGAGCAGCGCAACCUCGGCCUCUUGGUCCACCUGAUGACCAGCAACCCCAAGAUCCUGUACGCGCCUGUGGGCAGCCAGGCCGAUGAGCUCAUCCUGAAGGCCAAUGAGACAUUCGCCCUGGUGGGGAACGUGACGCGCUACGCCCAGCUCUGGCUGAACAUCUCGGCGGAGAUCCGUGGCUUCCUGGACCAGGGGAAGCUCCAGCAUCAUCUCCGCUGGCUGCAGCAGUACACCGCUGACCUGCAGCAGCACCCCGAGGCCCUGAACCUGUCGGACGGCGGCGAGCUGCCCCAGGCCCUCCUGGAGCACAACCUCUCCCUCCCAACGGCGGGCGCCCUGCUGCAGCAGCUGGACACCAUCGACAACGCCGCCUGCGGCUGGAUUCAGUUCAUGUCCAAGGUCAGCGUGGACAUCUUCAAGGGCUUCCCGGACGAAGAGAGCAUCGUCAACUACACGCUCAACCAAGCCUACCAGGAUAACGUCACCGUGUUUGCCAGCGUGAUCUUCCAGACGCUCCCGGACGGCUCGCUCCCUCCUCACGUGCUGUACAAGAUCCGCCAGAACUCCAGCUUCACCGAGAAGACCAACGAGAUCCGCCGGGCCUACUGGCGCCCGGGGCCCAACACCGGCGGACGCUUCUACUUCCUCUACGGCUUCGUCUGGAUCCAGGACAUGAUGGAGCGCGCCAUCAUCAACACCUUCGUCGGACGCGACGUGGUGGAGCCGGGAAACUACGUGCAGAUGUUCCCGUAUCCCUGCUACACCCGCGACGACUUCCUGUUCGUCAUCGAGCACAUGAUGCCUCUCUGCAUGGUCAUCUCCUGGGUCUACUCGGUGGCCAUGAUGAUCCAGCACAUCGUGGCCGAGAAGGAACAUCGGCUCAAAGAGGUGAUGAAGACGAUGGGGUUGAACAACGCAGUGCACUGGGUGGCCUGGUUCAUCACGGGCUUCGUGCAGCUGUCCAUCUCCGUGACGGCGCUCACCGCCAUCCUCAAGUACGGCAAAGUGCUCGCCCACAGCGACGUGCUGGUCAUCUGGCUCUUCCUGGCCAUCUACGCCGUGGCCACCAUCCUCUUCUGCUUCCUGGUGUCGGUGCUGUACUCGAAGGCGAAACUGGCGUCGGCUUGCGGUGGCAUCAUCUACUUCCUGAGCUAUGUGCCCUAUAUGUACGUGGCCAUUCGCGAGGAGGUGGCCCACGACAAGAUCACCGCCUUUGAGAAGUGCAUCGCGUCCCUUAUGUCCACCACGGCCUUCGGCCUGGGCUCCAAGUACUUUGCGCUCUACGAGGUGGCGGGCGUGGGCAUCCAGUGGCACACCCUGAGCCAGUCGCCGGUGGAGGGCGAUGACUUCAACCUGCUGCUGUCCAUGAUGAUGCUCACGGUGGACGCGGCCGUGUACGGGGGGCUCGCCUGGUACAUCGAGGCCGUGCACCCAGGUAUGUACGGGCUCCCCCGGCCCUGGUACUUCCCCCUGCAGAAGUCGUACUGGCUGGGCAGCGGCCGCACCGAGGCCUGGGAGUGGAGCUGGCCCUGGGCCCCGGCUCCCCGCCUCAGUGUCAUGGAGGAGGACCAGGCCUGCGCCCUGGAGAACAGGAGGCUGGAGGAGUCGCGGGGCAUGGAGGAGGAGCCCAGCCACCUGCCGCUCGUGGUGUGCGUCGACAAGCUCACCAAGAUCUACAAGACGGACAAGAAGAUGGCCCUCAACAAGCUGAGCCUCAACCUCUACGAAAACCAGGUGGUGUCCUUCUUGGGCCACAACGGGGCCGGCAAAACCACCACCAUGUCCAUCCUGACGGGCCUGUUCCCCCCGACAUCCGGCUCGGCCACCAUCUACGGCCGGGACAUCCGCACCGAGAUGGACGAGAUUCGCAAGAACCUGGGUAUGUGCCCGCAGCACAACGUGCUCUUCGACCAUCUGACCGUGGAGGAGCACCUCUGGUUCUAUUCCCGCCUCAAGAGCAUGGCCCAGGACGAGAUCCACAAGGAGAUGGAGAAGAUGAUUGAGGACUUGGAGCUGACCAACAAGCGUCACUCGCUGGUCCAGACCCUGUCCGGGGGCAUGAAGCGGAAGCUGUCGGUGGCCAUCGCCUUUGUGGGCGGCUCGCGGGCCAUCAUCCUGGACGAGCCCACGGCCGGCGUGGACCCCUAUGCCCGCAGGGCCAUCUGGGACCUCAUCCUCAAGUACAAGCCGGGCCGGACCAUCUUGCUGUCCACCCACCACAUGGACGAGGCGGACCUCCUCGGGGACCGCAUCGCCAUCAUCUCGCACGGGAAGCUCAAGUGCUGCGGCUCGCCCCUCUUCCUCAAGAGCACCUACGGCGAGGGCUAUCGGCUCACCGUCGUCAAGAGGCAGGCGGACUCCCGCAGCCCGCCCGAACCCGGGCAGGUGCCCAGCCCCACCUCGCACCCGCCGGUCAGCCCCUGCUCCGAGGCCCGCGUCACCCAGUUCAUCAAGAAGUACGUGGCGUCCGGCCUGCUGGUCUCCGACACCAACACCGAGCUCUCCUACAUCCUGCCCAGCGAGGCCGUCAAGAAGGGCUGCUUUGAGCGCCUCUUCCAGCACCUGGAGCAGAGCCUGGCGGAGCUGGAGCUGACGAGCUUCGGGCUGACGGACACCACGCUGGAGGAAGUUUUCCUCAAGGUCUCCGAGGAGGACCAGUCCCUGGAGAACAGCGAUGCCGAUAUGAGAGAGUCCCCGAAGGGCACCUUCUCCAAGGCGGCGAGCGGCGGGGAGCCGCCGGCGGGCGGGAGCGGGGCCGGAGCCGAGCUCCCCGCCGCGGAGGGCAGCAACCUGCUGGACUGCUCCAGGCUGGCGCAGUCCCAGGCCUCCCUGCACUCGGCCGCCUCCUCCGUGGGCUCCGCGCGGGGCGAGGAAGGUGGGGCCUUCUCCGAGUUCUACGGGGACUACGCCCCGCUGUUUGACAACCCCCAGGACCCGGACAACGUCAGCCUGCAAGGCACCACGCUGAGCACCGGGGAUGGUUCCAUGGAGCUGGGAGAGCCCGAAGCCGAAGCCUCGAUCCAGGAGGAGCGGGGCAGCUUCAAGCUGGAGGGCUGGUGGCUGAAGCUACGCCAGUUCCACGGACUCCUCCUCAAGCGCUUCCACUGUGCCCGCCGCAACACCAAGGCCCUCUUCUCCCAGAUCCUGCUGCCAGCCUUCUUCGUCUGCGUCGCCAUGACCGUGGCCCUCUCCGUCCCCGAGAUCGGUGACCUGCCCCCGCUGACCCUCACCCCUUCUCAGUACCACAACUACACCCAGCCCCGGGGGAACUUCAUUCCCUUCGCCAACGAGGAGCGCCGUGAAUAUCACCUCAAGCUGUCCCCUGACGCCAGCCCGCAGCAGCUGGUCAACACCUUCCGCCUGCCCUCCGGCGUGGGCGCGACCUGCGUGCUCAAGGCCGCCGCCAACGCCAGCCUGGGGCCCACCCUGAACCUGAGCAGCAGCGAGUCCAAGAUGGUGGCCGCCAAAUACUUCGACGCCAUGUGCGUGGACUCCUUCACCCAGGGGCUGCCCCUGUCCAACUUCGUGCCUCCGCCGCCCUCUCCGGCCCCCUCCGACUUCCCCGCCUCCCCGGGCCUGGAUCUCCCGCGGGCCUGGAACGCCACCGUGGGGCCCACCACGUCCCGAGAGACGGUGACGUCCCCCCCGGCCCUGCCCCGCACCGUCCACGAGCCCAUCAAGUGCACCUGCUCCAUGCAAGGAACGGGCUUCUCCUGCCCCAGCGGCGUGGGCGGCCGCCCGCCCCAGGUCAAAGUAGUGACCGGGGACAUCUUGGUGGACGUCACCGGCCGCAACGUCUCGGAGUAUCUGCUCUACACCUCGGACCGCUUCCGACUGCACCGCUACGGAGCUGUCACCUUUGGCAACAUCCAGAAGUCCAUCCCAGCAUCCUUUGGGGCCCAGGCCCCUCCCCUGGUGCGGAAGAUCGCGGUGCGACGAACGGCCCAGGUCUUCUACAACAACAAAGGCUACCACAGCAUGCCCACCUACCUCAACACGCUCAACAACGCCAUCCUCCGUGCCAACCUGCCCAAAAGCAAGGGGAACCCGGCCACUUUCGGCAUCACCGUCACCAACCAUCCCAUGAACAAGACCAGCGCCAGCCUCUCCCUGGAUUACCUGCUGCAGGGCACAGAUGUGGUCAUCGCCAUCUUCGUCAUCGUGGCCAUGUCCUUCGUGCCGGCCAGCUUCGUGGUCUUCCUGGUGGCCGAGAAGGCCACCAAGGCCAAGCAUCUGCAGUUCGUCAGCGGCUGCAACCCCGUCAUCUACUGGCUGGCCAACUACGUGUGGGACAUGCUCAACUACUUGGUCCCGGCCACGUGCUGCAUCAUGAUCCUUUUCGUGUUCGAUCUCCCCGCCUACACCUCCCCCACCAACUUCCCCGCCGUCCUCUCCCUCUUCCUGCUCUACGGCUGGUCCAUCACCCCCAUCAUGUACCCAGCAUCCUUCUGGUUCGAGGUGCCCAGCUCGGCCUACGUCUUCCUCAUCGUCAUCAACCUCUUCAUCGGAAUCACUGCCACCGUGGCCACCUUCCUGCUCCAGCUCUUUGAGCAUGACAAGGACCUGAAGGUGGUGAACAGUUACCUGAAGAGCUGCUUCCUCGUCUUCCCCAAUUACAACCUGGGCCAUGGGCUCAUGGAGAUGGCCUACAACGAGUACAUCAACGAAUACUAUGCCAAGAUCGGGCAGUUCGACAAGAUAAAGUCUCCCUUUGAAUGGGACAUUGUCACCCGUGGGCUGGUCGCCAUGACGAUCGAGGGCUUCGUCGGCUUCUUCAUCACCAUCAUGUGCCAGUACAAUUUCCUCCGCCAGCCUCAGAGGCUGCCGGUGUCCACCAAGCCCAUCGAGGACGACGUGGACGUGGCCAGCGAGCGCCAGCGGGUGCUGCGGGGAGACGCCGACAACGACAUGCUCAAGAUUGAGAACCUGACCAAGGUAUACAAGUCCCGCAAAAUGGGGCGCAUCCUGGCGGUGGACCGGCUGUGCGUGGGGGUGCGGCCCGGGGAGUGCUUCGGCCUCCUGGGGGUCAACGGGGCCGGCAAGACGAGCACUUUCAAGAUGCUGACGGGGGACGAGAGCACCACCGGGGGCGAGGCCUUCAUCAAUGGGCACAGCGUCCUGAAGGAGCUGCUGCAGGUGCAGCAGAGCGUGGGCUACUGCCCGCAGUUCGACGCGCUGUUCGACGAGCUGACGGCCCGGGAGCACCUGCAGCUGUACACGCGGCUGCGGGGGAUCCCCUGGAAGGACGAGGAGCGGGUGGUGAAGUGGGCCCUGGAGAAGCUGGAGCUGAGGCAGUACGCGGACAAGCCGGCGGGCACCUACAGCGGCGGCAAUAAGCGGAAGCUGUCCACCGCCAUCGCCCUCAUCGGCUACCCCGCCUUCAUCUUCCUGGAUGAGCCCACCACGGGCAUGGACCCCAAGGCCCGGCGCUUCCUCUGGAACCUCAUCCUAGACAUCAUCAAGACGGGCCGCUCCGUGGUGCUGACGUCACACAGCAUGGAGGAGUGUGAGGCCCUCUGCACCCGCCUGGCCAUCAUGGUGAACGGACGGCUCAAGUGUCUGGGCAGCAUCCAGCACCUGAAGAACAGGUUUGGGGACGGCUACAUGAUCACGGUGAGGACCAAGUCCAGCCUGAGCGUCAAAGAGGUGGUGAGGUUCGUCAACCGCAACUUCCCGGAGGCCGUGCUCAAGGAGCGGCACCACACCAAGGUUCAGUACCAGCUGAAGUCGGAGCACAUUUCACUGGCCCAGGUGUUCAGCAAAAUGGAGCAGGUGGUGGGCGUGCUGGGCAUCGAGGACUACUCGGUCAGCCAGACCACGCUGGACAACGUGUUUGUGAACUUCGCCAAGAAGCAGAGCGACAACCUGGAGCAGCAGGACAGCGGGCCGGGGGACACCCCACAGACCCCCCUGGAGCGCCUCCUCAGUCUGCUCCGGCCUCGGGCGGCCCCCACAGAGCUGCGGGCCCUCGUGGUGGACGAGCCCGAGGACCUGGACACCGACGACGAGGGGCUCAUCAGCUUCGAGGAAGAGAGGGCUCAGCUGUCCUUCAACACGGACACCCUGUGCUGAAGAAGCCAAGACCCGGCUCCGGGACCAGCCCGUCCUCUGCCUCUCCCCCCGGCCAGGCGCCCUCCACCUGCCCUCCAUCUGCCCUCCCGAGCUGGACGGCUCCCGGGCUGGACCGCUCCCGAGCCGGGGCCAGGGUCCCCCGGGUCCCCGGGUGCCCCCGGGCUCCAACCCCGGGUGCCCGUCGCCUCCGCCGACUCGCCCUCCUGCCCGCUGAGGGAGGCCGGGGCCGCCGCUUGGAAGGCAGGCGCUUCCGGACGCCCGGGACCGUUUGGAUUUCUCCGCGGGACGAGAGGAGGAGGAGAAGGCCGGCCUGGCUCAGGCCGGGCAGUCAGUGGUCCCACGCACGCUAUCUCCCAGCCCGGGCCGCUCGGAGGGCUUUAGUGGCCAUUAGCAUCUGCAGCUGCUGGCCCGGAGGGGGCUGUCGGUGGUUCCGGCUCUCUCCCCCCCCUACCCCGGGAAAUUCGGAAAGCUUUAGAGGCCGUCAACGUCUGCGGCCGCUGACCCGGAGGAGGCUGUCCGAGGCCUCGUCUUGGGUCCGGCCCGGACGGAGGUCGGGCAAGCUUCCCGGAUCGAGUGGGCCCGGUCCCCACAAAGGGCUGUUCCAGCCAGGUUUGGGCCCCUAUUUGGGGGGGGCGGGCACAGCACCCUCCCCUCCGUCUCCCCACGGGCCCGCCGUCCCCCUCCCCCCAGAAUCAGGGGCGCCGGCCCCCCUCAGCGGGGGCUACCCUCCCGACACUCUUCGGGAUCCUUGUGCCAAACAGAAGGUUCCUGCCGCGGGCCCCGGGCAGGGGCAGAGCCCAGCAGCAGCUCACCGCGCUCCGCCUUAGUGCUCCCACACAGACUAGCUUCGCCCCCGCCCCCCACCCCCAGGCUCGGGGGUCCGGCGGCCGCCGUCUCCCCAGCAAGGCUUGACUCUGCUCUUGCCACCCGCCCCCCUGUCCGGGCCCGGCCACGAGGGGCUCGGAACUGGUCCUACCCCCCACCCCGGGUCUCCUGGCCCGCGUUAGGGAGCCGCCUGCAGCUGGCCAGGGAGGCCAGAGGGCCCUGAUGGUCAUCGGCACUGACCCGGGGAGGAGAGAGAGAGAAAGCAGCUCUGCUCGGGUUGGUCUGGGAGCCAGAGGUGACAGGCGCAAGCCACUGGGGGGGCUUUGUGGCCUCUGACUCAGCUCUCUCCUCUUCCUCCUCCUCCUCCCACCACUCCACUCCCUCCUCUUCCCUCCCCGCCCCUGCAAGUCCUGGCUACUGAACUUCCUGUCCCCCACCCCCCACCCCCCACUCCCGGCCAACUGACCCAGGGGACCCAGGAACCUCCCGAAAGUGGUUUGGGGAGGACCAGGCAGGCUGCUUCCUGGGCGAAAUGGGGGUGAGGAGGAGAAAAAAUUGCAGCUUUUCCUCAGUGUCUGUUUUUUUUGUUUGUUUUUUUUUUUACAAACCCCAGCUCUCCUCCCUCCUAUGACCCUAUGACUCCCAGCCGCUACCUCCUCCUCUCCGUCACUGGACGUGAGACAGGGUCCGCUCUGUGGGGCUCCUGUCCAGGGAGGGGCAGGGCGCUUUUUAAAAACACGUAUUUGAACAUAUUUAUUUUGCUUUCAAGGGGCAGGCCGGGGAGUUGGGGCCGUGGGAGAUGGGGCGGGAGGAGAGGACGGGUGCCCAACGGGCAGGGAGCCCGGGGCAGUGGGAAAGGGAAUAAGGGGGGGCAGGGGGGCAGGAAGCGAGGCCUGGAAGCGGCCCCGGGGUUCAGGCUGGGCGGCGGAGCCGGCCUGGGGAGCAUCUGGAACCGGCCCCGGGGUUCUUUCCACCCUGCCUCUCGCGGUCCCCCGUUCCUUGGCUUGAAUGCAGACCCCGAACCCAGAGAGGGCUGACGGGGGGUUCCCCGCCCAGCCCCCCACAUCUGGGGUCCAGCGUGGGAUCCGAACGCAGUCGGCCCCUCCCUCCCACGUUCAGCCACUGACCAAUCGCUCAGUAUCCGGCAGAAGGCGUCGUCCCUCUCUCAGCUUCCCCCGCCGCCCAGCGCCCGGCCGUCCGUCUGUCCAGCCGUCCGUCUGUCCCUCCGCAGCACGACUGGGGACAGGGUCUGUACAGAGCUCGCAAGACGUGGGGGUAGAAGUUCGUUUUCAAUAAAAUAGAAAAAGAAGUUGCAA